UGGAAUAAGUCGCCUCGAAACACCAGCUAUUAAUACUCUUUACCGGCCACCAACCGGCCAAGCGUGCAGGGCUCUUCUGUGGCUUGUCCCCGAGUGCAUUGACGUGCAGCGAGGCCUUGGUUCUGAAAAGUUCUGUUUCAGGCUUCGCGUCUCUCGAAAAGUUGCCUUGACCAGCUCCCACUCUCUUCUUUUCCGACGCUACAAUGCUCAACAUGUCUGCCAUCGGCAAUCGGAAUAGCACACCGGUCGAGUCGAGCAGCACCUCGUCCCUCCGCCCACCGUCUUCGCGUGCCGUGGGCUCUGGCCAUCAUCUUCGUGCCUCUGCAGACAUGGCAGCGUUCUCUAGCUCGCCUUCAUCCAGCCGGAUUCGUCCUUCAUCUGACUUCUACGGGACACAACAGGGUCAGGGGCAAAGUGUGCCGGAGAAUGAUGCCAAUGACAAGAUUGCCCAGCAAUGGAUAGCGGAUAUUGACCAGUAUGAGACAACAUUGGAGGAAAUGGCUGCUGCGACUUUGGAUCAGGAUUUCAAGGAUGAGUUGAGUGCAAUCGAGCAGUGGUUCAGAGUUUUGAGUGAGGCAGAGCGGACCGCUGCUCUGUAUGCUUUACUCCAGCAGACAACGCAGGUGCAGAUCAGAUUUUUUAUCCAAGUACUUCAACAAAUGGGAAAGAACCACCCUAUGUCUGGCGUAUUAUCUCCUGCCAAUUUUGACAAAGAUCCCAUGUCGAGUCGUCUCAGUGAUGCUAUGAACAAACUUAGCGUUGACGGUUCCAGAAACUCAUUGACCCGGCCUCCAGCGACACCCUCGACGAAGAGGCAUUCUGGACUUGAUCCCUCCACAAUUAACGCCAUGUUUCCUGAUGCUGCGGCUGCAAUUGCAACUGAGAAGGCCAAGUUCACUCAGCAGACUGGAAACCCGCCGUCUUCCAACCGAAACAGCGCUGCAUAUGAUCCACGCUCUUCACUUGCAGCACCAACCAUAUCUGGCCCCGGUGACGCUUCAGAUAACAACAACCAACCUCCAGCCUCACCAUGGGGAUCCCGGAGUAACGACCAAGCUGCUCGGCCAAAGUCUUCUUCUGGACAGGCUCCCAUGGGCCAAUUUAUGCAACCUCCCCCAUCAGCGGGGCUUCGUUCACCACUUGGUCAGGGCUCGAAUCUGCAGACCACCACUAUUAUAGCUCCCGAUAAUCAAGGCUCUGAUUUGCCGCUACUUUCCCCUUACAAUGCUGGAAAUGGAAACUGGGCCUCCAUGGUCAACACGCCAAUGGUCCCGUCUUUCAACACUGCAAAUAGUUCAACGCAGGCCGACAUGGUUGCAAAUGCUACAGCCAUGAAGCUGGCUGCUCUUUCAACGGUCAACAAUAGGUUCGCCUUAGACGACGUUCGUAAAUAUCGCCGUGCUAGGUCGAAUGAUGGUCAUGGGUCCAACAGUCAGGCCCCACUUUCUCCCGGUUUGCCUGGAAACAUACCAGGAGCUAAUGUUGUAAUGAUCAACGAACAUGGGCAGGUUUUGAGCAGAGAGCAGGUUUUAGCGAUGCAGGCUCAACAGAACUCUGGCUUUGCAGGCCGAAGAUCUCGGCCCAGCUCCCCAGGCUUAGCCAUGCAAGGCUCUGGUUUUGGCCAGCUAGGGUUCACUUCUCCCCAGAACAACGGCUUUCUCACAGCAUACGAUGGGCCAUCACAACUCCUCAACAACGGUCUUGGCACACUGAAUCUAGCUCAGUUUGGGGUGGGAGGGCAUGAAGGUUAUCUGUCUGACCAUAGUGAGAUAGCGAGAGGUCGGUCACCACGUGGUAGGAGGGGUAGCUCGAAACCCCCAGAGGAUCCUACGGAUCCCAGUCUUCUUCAGGACAUCCCCAGCUGGCUGAGAAGUCUAAGGCUCCACAAAUAUACAGACAACCUCAAAGACAUGAACUGGACCGAGCUCGUCGAGCUAGAUGAGAAGGCCUUGGAGGAGAGAGGUGUGAACGCUCUCGGGGCCCGGAGAAAGAUGUUGAAGGUCUUUGAGCAGGUCAAAGAAGCCAAGGCAGAAGGUAAACUCGCAUGAUCUCUGGCCCCUUGACACAGAACACUCUGUGUGUUGUUACAAAACAGCAAUCAAAGUAUGGUCAGAGCAGGAGUCUAGAAAUUACUGUCAUGGAAACUUGAUGCUGUUACGUGUUGUAACGUCUCUAUGCUGUUCGGCUAUUGUAUUUGUGCAAGGUGCACAUGGUAUUAAAUGGCUCAGGAUUUGUGUGUGACGCAACCACAAGCAAAGAAAUGGG